AACUAGGUACAGGCACAUUUUAGAGAAAGCCCUUUAUCUGGACUGGAUCAAACUCGAACAAUCAAAAACUUCAAAGCUGAAAAGAAGAAUUGGUGCGUGACAAGAACACAGAUUAUCAUCAAUAAAUACACUUUAUUGAACAUAACAUUCAAACUUCCUUUAUUUUAAAAAUGUGUUAAAUGUGACCAGAAGUAGCUGAUAAGUUUGCAAUGCCAUUUGUUCUUUCCCAAACCCACAAAUCAUACAAUUGUGUUAUCAUACAAAACACAAUUUGUACCACAAGUGGACCUAAUACAAGAUAAACAUGUGUCCAAUAUCAUUACAGGCUCAUUUCCACUGAGCAGUACGGCACGGUACAGUCUAGACUAGUCCAGUAUUUUGAGUGUUUCCAUUAUAAAAUGGACCCAUGAAGCUUGACAAAAUCAAACCAUUUCUGGACCUUCGUUGGUUGUAGGUCCAUAGAAAAAUCCAAUGGAUCGGUUAGGGCGGAGCUUCUGUUUAAACCUGUUGGCUGAAGGUUAUUACGACAAAAGAAGGCGACUGUAUUCCUCUUCGCCGCCUACAAUCUUCUCUCAAACAACACUAAAUGCUUUGUAUAUACGAAGUACUAAAAGUCAAGCUGAAAAAAGGAGCUGUUGGAUGACCUCCAUUGUUGUUGUUGUUAGCUUCCCCCUGCAUGUACCAUGACGGUCCAACUUUGGUGGAAACACUCACCUAAAUUCCCCGGACCAUUCUAAACUAGACCAGAGCAGACCGCUUAGUGGAAACAAGGCUGUAAUUUAUCAAAAAAAGACUAAACAAAAAUUAGUUCUAAUAACUGCAAGAUGAUCAGGUUACAAUUCAUAAAACUCAUCCAUCUAUCUUUAGAACCUGCUUUAACUCUAAUGUCACUCGGUUGCUGGCGGCAAACCAGUUACUGUUGAGCAAAGGCGGGGUACCCCUCCGGAACAAGUCGCCAGUCUGUUGCAGGGCCACAGACUCACACCCACAUUCCUAUCUAUUGGGUCAAUCUGGAAAUACCAAUUAUCCUAAAGAAUGUUUUGGACUGUAGAAGAAACCAAGAGUGCUCAAAGAAACCAAUAAGCACAAGGAGAACAUGCAAACUCCACACAGAAAAGUCCCAGCCGGGAUUCAAACCAGGGCCUUCUCGAUGUAAGGCGAGUAACCACUGUGACACUGUGCACCCCCUUUAUAAAACCCAGCUGUUUAAACCCCCAAAACUGUUAGAGGGUUUAAUUUUUACAAAAUAUCCGUAAAUUUUAGGCUCCACCCCAAAACACACUCACCUCUCAUAGCAGUCAUCCAAUACUUAAAUACUUUUAUAAUGAUAAGUGUUAAGAAAAUGCGUAUUUGCUGAAAAGUACAUUAAAAACCUGCGAGUCUGUGUUGCACAAAGUCCUAAGAAUCCAAUUCAUUCAUUAUUUUCUGUCACUGUUGCAUCAAGACACUAAUGUUGAAGCCUGAUGAAGCAGCAUUGACAGGUGAAGCUCCAGACUUACAAAUCAGUAUUAACUUUCGGGAAAAAAAAAUACAAUAAUAAAUUACUAAUAGCAUGUUUAAUAACAGCAGAAUAAAGCGUACUAUUCAUUGCCAGAAUGAGAGCUGGGAACUCUUUCAGAGAGAGACAAUAAACGGCUCAUAAUUUUCUGUUUGAACCCCAUCUCUCUUGCAUUGGAGGCUGACAUCCAGUGGGCGGACCUCACAGCCUGUCAGUCAGCUCUCUCCCUCUCAGUGAUUGGUUUCUUCCAGCUGGGGACAGUGGGCGGCGCGACGGAGCCACAUGGAGCGAGUUUGGUGUCUCUGUGACCGUUAGUCUGAUGCAUUCUCUGGUGGAGUCGCUCUGGACUCUGUGGAACAGUCUCGUGCAUCAUCAGCAUCUUCAGUGCUGGAGAACAUUGGACUUUAAAGUAAAUGAAAUAUUUGCAGAGAAAAGUAUUCACUGCAACUGCUGCUUCGUGCUGCGCACUCAUUUUGGAUGAGCUCAGUCAGUGGAAGAAAAGACUUAGAUCCGUGCGUAAAAGUCCUUAGACAGAAGUAUUACGCGGAGGGAAGUGUCAGCAUCACUGAUGCUGUUUUCUUCUGCACUGUGGAGGGACUUUAAUCUCACUCUCAAGUCGUGCUUAAGGGAAUGAAUUAGAGCAUUAUGAACGUUUAAGAUGAAUAUUUAGAAAACGUAUUUCCUCUUCUUGAAAGAAACAGUCUGUUUAGCUUGUUUUUAGUCUUUUUUGCUGACCAUCUUGAAACAGGAGAGCCGCUCCUGGACACUUUGCUGCCUCCUGCGAGUGGAACGGGAUUGAUGGAAACAUGACUAAAGCUGCAACAGGACCGGCUCUCCUGCGUGCUCUCCACCUGAUCCCACUGCUGCUGCUUCCAGUGUCACCGGUGCGCGUCUCCGCGCAUCACGGCCAUCCUGUGCGAUACUUCGGACACAUACCUGAGAACUCUCCGACUGGGACGCCGGUGGAUGGGGUCGUGAUUCCGCUCGUAGGCGCCUGCUACUGGUCCGCUGCGGAUCUCAACACCGGUCUGAAAGGUGACUAUGCGUCUGAUUUUAGACUCGUUCAUCAUCAUGGGCACCGGGAAAAGUGGGGGCACCUUGGUUUGGUGUCGGCCAAAACUCUUGACAGAGAGUUUAUAGCUAUUUACGAACUGGUGGUGGACCACUUGCCGUGGUGUCAGAAGAGAGCCGCCGUUAUUCAGAUUGAGGUGUCCGACAGGAACGAUAACAUUCCCCGGUUCACCGGCGGGAACAAGACGGUUGAAGUGGACGAGUUGACGCCUCUUGGAACCGAGGUGGCUCGCUUUGACGCGAAGGACGGCGACGCAGAAAAGAACGGACGUGUAACUUUUUACGCAUGCCCCGAAUCCAACUUGCUCCACGUGGUUCCGCAAACCGGACAGGUAUGGCUUGUUGGAUCCCUGCUGGGUGUGAGCCAGACAACUCUGCGUCUAUGCGUGAAGGACGGCGGGGAUGUUGCUCUGAUCGGUGAGCCGGUGUUCCUGCGCAUCACCGUGCGUCGCGCCAGCCGAGCGCACCGGAGACCUCGCGCCCUGCACGAGGAUGUGACCUAUACAGUGACCGUUCCAGAUCACCUCCGAGUGGGUGACCUGCUGUUCACGGUGCCGGACCAAAGGUUCGAUCAACGGUGGUUUGAAGUGAUAUCCGAGACGGAGUCACCUGUUCAGAUCGAACGGGACUCAGGGCGACUGUACCUGGCGCGCAAUGUGCGGGAGCCCGUGGAGGUGGCUGUGAAGAUCCAAAAUCUCCGAGGGGAUGAGUGGUACCUGUGCAGGUUGACACUGAGCAUGUCCAGUCAUGCUGACCUUCAGUGGGUGAUGUUUCCUUCACCACACCUGACCACCGUCAGUCCAGAUGCCACCCCUGGCUUUGUAGUUUACCGACUGUUGGCACGGCAACGGGAUGGGACAACAGGGCAAGCUCAGUUCCUCCUUCUGGAUGGUGCUGAGGGGUGUUUCGAGGUGGACCGUCGUUCUGGUGUGAUCAGAACCACAGGAAGACCCCUGACUCCAAGUAAAGAGUACCUCCUGCGGGUUCAGGCAGUGGACGGGCAGGGCCAUAAAGGCCCCCCAACUACUGUGGCUAUCCUUGCCGGAUACCGACCACCACAGUUCACAAACUCUUCCUACAGUCUGGAUGUGCCGGAGAACACUCCUGUAGGCAAACAUGUCGCAGUGGUUCAAGCGGUGUCCUUCCAGAAAAAGACUCUGUCCUACAUGCUGCUGGUGAAUCCCGGGAAUCUGUUUAGCAUCAACCAGGAAAGCGGUGCGCUCAGCCUCACCAGGACUGUGGACUACGAGAGUGGUCACAACCUUUACAUUGUGCAAGUCCGAGCAUCAGAGCCCGACACUGGGCUCAGCAGCGUGGCAGAGGUGUCUGUGCAUAUAACAGAUGAGAAUGACUGCACACCAGAGUUCCUGCACUCCAUCUACACAAGAGACAACAUACCCGAGAGCAUCGCAGCUGGAACGUCCCUGCUGCAAGUUCUGGCUCGAGACUGCGACUCCGGCGUAAACUCAGAACUUUCCUACUUCAUUCCAAGCGCCGAUUUUGACAUCACAUCAGGGGGUGUGGUCAGCCCCGCCCACCGCCUGGACUACGAGCGACCCAACCACAUCUAUGAGUUUGUGGUGGUGGCUGUGGAUGCAGGGACUCCUCCCCGCACUGGGACAGCAUCCAUCCGGAUCCGAGUGGCCAACAGCAACGACGAGGCUCCCGUUUUCUCACAGAGCGUGUAUAAGACCUUCCUAAGUGAGGACGCUGGUCCUGAUACGCUGGUCGCCAUCGUCCACGCCAACGAUCCAGACGGGGAUGGCGUUUCUUAUGCGAUCACCGGUGGAAAUGAAGACAGCAACUUCCACUUGGACAACCAGAAGGGCAUCAUUAAGCUGCGACGAAGUCCACCUCCGAGGUUGAGGGGGCCGCAGUACGUUCUCAACAUCACCGCCACUGAUGAUAAUGCGUCUGGUGGGCCGUUCCCACUCAGCAGCUCCGCACAGGUCAUUGUUGGAAUCAACGACAUCAACAACAACAAGCCUGUGUUUGAGGAGUGUCAAGACUACAGUUUGAAUGCAGCUGUGCUGGAGAACCAGCCGCCGGGGACGUUUGUCCUGAGAGUUCAGGCCCGUGACGCUGACAUGGGGCUUAACGGAGAGGUCAAAUACGGCAUCAUGCACCGGGACGGUGUGUCGUCUGGGUUUGACAUCAAUCCUGACUCUGGUGUGAUCACAACAGCGGUGAGUUUUGACAGAGAGCGCCAAAGGGAGUUCACUCUGUCUGUGACUGCCACCGAUCAGGCCGAGGAGCCACUCAUCGGGAUCUGCCAGAUCACAGUCCUGAUUCUGGAUCAGAACGAUAACGACCCAAAGUUUGAAAACAGUCGCUAUCAAUACUUCCUGAGAGAGGACACUCCAGUUGGAACCAGUUUCCUGCGAGCGGCAGCACAUGACGACGACCAGGGGAGCAACGCUGCCAUCACCUACUCGCUCACCAACCAGAAACCGGCUUACUUGCACAUUAACCCCAGCACUGGCUGGAUUUAUGUCAACCACCCCAUCUCACAGACAUCCAGGAUCAGCCAGCAGAUCGUGGCGUCAGAUGGAGGCAACCGCAGCAGCUCUGUGGAUCUGACGGUCAUCAUCACCAACGUCCACAACCAGCCCCCACACUGGGAGCAGUCCGAGUACUGGAUCACAGUGCCGGAAAACACCAUGCGAGACGCUAAGAUACUGACCAUCAAGGCAACGUCUCCCCUCGGUGACCCACGUGUGACCUACAACCUGGAGGAAGGCCAGGUUCCGGAAACCAACAUGCCGGUGCGCUUCUACAUCAAACCUAACCGAGCGGAUGGGUCGGCAUCUAUCCUGGUUGCUGAGAACCUGGACUACGAGACAACCAGCUUCUUUAUUCUAAGAGUACGGGUGCAAAACGUUGCUGCAGUACCACUGGCUUCCUUCACCACAGUCUACAUCAAUGUGACGGAUGUCAACGACAAUGUUCCUUUCUUCCUGUCAUCCACCUAUGAGGCCACAGUUCCUGAAGGAGCUCAGGUUGGCACUUCCGUGGCUCAGGUUUCAGCCACAGACCUGGACUCCGGUCUGCAUGGGAUGAUUCACUAUACCAUCCUGAAAGACGAGAGCGGAGAUUCCCAGUUCUUCAGCAUCGACUCAGCCAGUGGAGUCAUUGUCACUCGUGCCUCUUUUGACCGCGAGCAGAAGGCUUCGUACCUCAUCGAGGUUCAGUCGCAAGAUAGUUCCGAGUCAGCACGACCAGGGCAGCAGGGCCAGCCAAACACAGACACAGCAUACGUUAGGAUCUUCAUCACGGACGUAAACGACAACGCCCCGGCGUUUGCCCAGCCCGUGUAUGAGGUGAGCGUGGAGGAAGACAAGGAGGUCGGAUUCAUCCUAAUCACCGUCACGGCAAAUGAUGAAGAUGAAGGCGCCAACGCCAAACUGCGCUACCAGAUCACCUCGGGAAACACCAUGGGGACAUUUGACGUGGAACCUGAAGUGGGAACCAUCUUUGUGGCUCAGCCUCUUGAUUAUGAGAUGGAGCAGCGGUAUGAGCUCCGACUGGUGGCCUCCGAUGGAAAGUGGGAGAACGAGACUCACGUGCUGGUUCACAUGGUCAACCGUAACGACGAGGCGCCUGUCUUCAGUCAGACUGAGUACCAUGCAGCUGUGACGGAGGAACUCACCCAGCUUCCUGUUUUCAUUUUGGAGGUUUCAGCCACAGAUCCAGAUCAAGAAGCUGACCAGACUGCCCUUCGCUACUCUCUCCAUGGCCAAGGAGCGGGUGGUGAGUUCACCAUUGACGAACACACUGGAAGAAUCUAUGCUCAGCGUCGCCUGGACCGUGAAGAGCGCCCUGCAUGGAGGUUCCUCGUCCUCGCCACUGACGAAGGAGGAGCGGGGCUGACGGGAUUCGCUGAUGUGCUUCUAGAAGUCAGAGACAUCAACGACAAUGCACCUUUCUUUCCAUGCCCAGCUCUGGAAAUUGAUGGAUGUUUUGUUGGUCAAGUUGCUGAAAACUCACCAGCAGAUACCUCCAUCAUGGAGAUGCGUGCAACGGACCUGGACGACCCCAAUGAGGGCAGGAAUGCCAUGCUCACCUACAGCAUCAUCAAGAACAUUCGUAAUGAAAUCAAUCUCAACCUCUUCUCUAUCAACACCACCACGGGAACCAUCAACACAGUGCUGAGCUCUUUAGACCGGGAGGUGCAGGAAAAAUACAUGGUGGUGGUGGAGGCCCGUGAUGGGGGAGGGUUGUCAGGGACAGGGACAGCCACCAUCAUGGUUCUUGAUGUCAAUGACCACCCACCCAUUUUUACUGAGAGGGUCUACUCUGCUAAGGUGACUGAGGACCUUGAGGUCAACAGUGAAAUUCUUGUAGUUUCUGCUACAGAUGGAGAUCGGGGGGAAAAUGCAGUCGUAACCUUCAGCAUUGUUGGUGGUGACCAAGACAGAAAGUUUUUCAUGGAGACAGACAAAAUGAAUCGACGUGGGGUGAUAAAACUGAAGAAAAAGGUGGACUUUGAAAAACCUCAGGAGAGGACUUUCAAUCUGACCCUGAAGGCUGAAGAUAAUGACUUUUUUAGUCUGGCCCACUGUCUCAUUCAAGUGGAGGACUCUAAUGACCAUGCUCCUGUCUUCUUCCCUCAGUUCUAUGAAUCACCCGCCAUGUCAGAAGAUGUCCCUGUGGGGACAAUCAUUGCUCAGGUUACAGCAUCCGAUCUAGACUCAGGACAAAAUGGGCAUUUUUCUUACAGUAUUUCAAAGGACUCAGACCCCUACAACCAGUUCCUGGUGGACCAGUCUGGAUGGGUGGUUGUGGCCAAUUCCCUGGACAGAGAGAAAAUCUCUCAACACAAGAUUAUGGUUCUCGCCACAGAUGCUGGUCAUCCGCCCCUGACGGGCACUGCAAUCGUCAUGGUUACAGUACUUGACGUUAACGACAAUGGCCCUGAGUUUGAAGCCCCCUAUAAGCCUGUUGUUUGGGAGAACACUCCGGCACCCCAGGCGGUGCGAAUGAAUGAAACCUCCUUCCUUCUUCACAUCACUGACCGUGACACCUCCACCAAUGGUAGUCCUUUCUCAGUGCGGCUCCUCAUGCUCACAUCUGACGCCACCAACUUUAAUCUGACAGACUUUCGGAAUGGCAGCGCCGCCAUCACCGCCCUUCGAACAUUUGAUCGAGAGCGCCAGAAAGAGUACCGACUCCCAGUUCUCAUGAUUGACAGCGGCUCGCCUCCAAUGAGCUCAACCAGCACACUAACGGUUGUCAUUGGUGACAGAAAUGACCACCCCCACUCACCCGGGCACAUUCACUUCAUUGUCUACAGUUUUGAAGGUAUUCUCCCAGUGACACCACUCGGACAAAUUCAGUCUCCUGACCUUGAUGACUGGAGUGAGAAGGUGUUUCGCUUUGAAGGCAAAGCUAACAGGUUUUUCAAUCUGAACCAGAGCUCAGGUCAGCUCAGCAUCAAGGAAGGCACUCCUCCUGGUUCGUAUCAGCUUCAGGUGCAGGUGUUUGACCACACCUGGCCCGACGUCACUUCUACUGCUCAGGUGGACGUUACAGAGCUGUACCAGGAUACUCUGCAGCACGCUGCCUCCAUCCGCCUGAACAACCUGACAGUGGAGGAGUUUUUCAGCAGCACUGGUGGUGUUGAGGAGAGCCGGUUCUUCCGUUUGAGACGCAGCUUGUCUGAAAUCCUGCAGACGUUGCCGGAAAAUGUUCAAAUCUUCUCUGUUGCCAACGCUGGUCAGCAUGGUGAGAAGGCAAUCGACGUGUGGUUCGCCGCGCACGGCUCGCCGUACUAUAAGGCAGAGAAAUUGCACGGAUACGUGGCGGCACACAAAGCAAAGGUGGAGGCCAAGCUGGGGGUGUCCAUCUCUCAAGUGGGUGUAGACGAUUGUCCUCACACAGAUUGCAGUCUGACGGCGGGCUGCAGCACUGAAGCGUCCUUCGGUCAGGUUCCAGUGGUCCUCAGCUCCAGUAUCGUCUCACUGGUGUCGCUGUCGGCCUCUCUGACCGCUAGAUGUGGCUGCAGCGGGCGAGAGGCGGUCCCCUUGCCCUGCUCUGCGUACGCCUACAACCCCUGCCUAAAUGGGGGCACAUGUCAGGAUGGGCCGCUGGGAUAUCGGUGUAAGUGUCCACCCAUGUUUGAUGGUCCCACCUGCCAGCAAACCAAACGCAGUUUCGGUGGUCAGGGUUAUGCCUGGUUCCCUCCCAUCAAGCCUUGCUUCCAAAGCCACAUCUCUCUGGAGUUUCUGGCUGAGUCGGCUAACGGGCUGCUGUUUUAUAACGGACCCCUUGGCCUUCUUCAGUCUGGGGAGCAGGAAGACUUCAUUGCUGUGGAGCUGAGGAACGGAGUUCCAGUUCUGAGCAUAAAUCACGGAUCAGGAACACUGACCCUUCAGCUCCCAUCCAAGUCUGCAAUCAAUGACAGAAGAUGGCAUCACCUCGACAUCCUCAGCGAUGGAAAGCUUGUGCAGCUGGUGCUGGAUCGGUGCGGAGGUGUGGCAGUUAAAGAGUUAGAAGGAACUGGGGGGGGGGCUCUGAAGAUGGAUGAAUCUGGCUGCAGGGCUGCAGGAGAGACACCUGGGAAUCAGCGAUACCUAAACGUGUUCCAGCCUCUUCAGCUGGGAGGAGUCAAGGAAAUGACGCCGUAUCGACGUUAUAAAAGCUUCACUGGUUGCAUUCGCAACUUGGUGGUUGACAGUCAGGUGUAUGAUCUGGAGUCUCCAGGUGAGAGUGUGGACAGUGCUGCAGGCUGCAGGCUCACAGACGGCGUGUGUGUGACAGCUGCAGGGCCUUCCUGUGGAGUCCACGCCUCCUGUCUCGCAGACUGGGGUUCCUUCAGCUGCGAGUGCCACCCAGGAUACACAGGACACAAGUGCGACAGAGCUGUCCAGGAGUUCUCCUUCGACUCAAACAGUUUGCUGCGUUUUCAGCUCAGAGGAGGCAGCAGCUCUCGACGCACCAACGUCCAGCUGCUCCUCCGAACCAGAGCGACGUCUGGUAUCCUGCUCUAUGUCGCAUCCAAGGAAGCCAGCGAGUACAUCGUCCUGGAGAUCAGUGAGGGUCACGUCUCGGUGCGUGCCAACCUAGGAGACGGCGCACACACCCUCAGGCUUCCAAACCAUCGAGUCGACGUGGGACAGUGGGUCCUGGUCAGCCUCAGUCGCUAUGACAACAUGUUCACGCUGCGGUUAGAGCAGGGCGGAGGCUCACGGGAGGCCAAUGCCCAACUUGGAAGUGGGAAGGAGAUUGUCAUUUACCCUUCUGCCCUAAUGGUUGGCAAUGCACCAAGAGCUGAUGCCAAAGAUGACUUUCAGGGCUGUCUGCGAGAUGUCCGGUUCAAUGGCCAAGUCCUUCCUCUGGAUGGACAGAGCCGGGACCUGAUAUCAGUUCUGGAGAGGCGUGGCGUCACCUCUGGCUGCUCCAGUGACGCCUGCAGCAGCCAACCGUGCCGCAGCCCUCUGCGCUGCGUGGACCUGUGGAGGAAACACCAGUGCAAGUGUCCCGGCCCUCAGGUGACGGUGACAGACGACUCCGGUCAGCACCGCUGCGUGCCGUCACCCUGCGUGUCGUCGUCCUGCCGUAACGGCGGUACCUGCCACGCUCUCUCGCCAGACACUUUCCGGUGCCGGUGUCAGGCUGGUUUUAGGGGUCAGCACUGCGAACUGGGGCAGGUCAAAGGUCAUCGACUGGCAGCCCUCAGUCCCAGCUCCAUCCUGGGGAUCAGCAUGUGCCUGCUUUUCUUUAUUGUGGUGUUGGUGGCAGUGACGGUUUGGAACCAGAAAGGAAGCCGAAACAAGUUCAGGAAGCGUGGAGUUUACCACAUUCCUGCUGAACACGAGAGCUGGGAGGACAUCAGAGAAAACAUCCUCAACUACAACGAGGAAGGAGGAGGAGAACAGGACCAGAAUGGGUAUGACAUCACUGAGCUGAAGCGACCGCUGUGCUCCAGCUUGUCCCAGUCGUCCUCCUGCACCACAGCCCCGCUCAUCAAAUCCUCUCCGGGUUCCCAGGAGGAGGUUCAUCCCUCCAGUUCUUCCUGCAGCUCCGGCGUCCCCUACCUCAGUAUCCCACACCACCAUCAGCACCAUCCUCUGCACGCCAACACCACCGGCUACGGCAGCGAUUCAACUUACGCCAACUACACUGCUCACACGGGCCGGGACAUGGAGACAAGUGGGGCGGGCGGUUAUCUCAGUGCCCCUUCUGGGUCGCGCUCCCAUGUGGACUUUAAAAGCUAUGUGGCACGGAUUAUUUGGGAGGCGGACAACGACAGCGAGGCUUUCCCGCCAGACGCCUUCCACAUCUGGUGUGUGGAAGGCUCUGGGUCCUCAGCAGGAAGCCUCAGCUCUCUGGGGUCGGCAGUGUCCCACAGAAAAGUUGCUGCCGGUGACAAAGAGGAAGAAGAGGAGGAAGAUGAUGAAAGAGGCUUUGCUUACGACAGGCUGCUGCGGUGGGGUCCAAAAUUUCAGACCCUUAGCGACAUGUACGACCAGCCGCAGCUGGCUCUCAGCUACAAAGACACGGUGGCCUACAUGCAAAGGAGCCACAGCCAUGACCCUUUGCCUCAACACCACUAGGGGGCAGCACAACACCCAAAUACACACUCCAGGAUUUAACAUAGGGAUGCAAGGAGGUCUGAGUUCCAACAUCUCAUUGAAUUAUUAUACCUUUAAAAUAAAUAGUAGAAAUUUAAUGCAGAGAAACACUAAUCUCCAAUGAUCAACUUUAACUUUUUAAGAGUAAAAAAAGGCAAAUUUGAAAUAUUCAUGAAAAAGUAAGUUUUGAUAAGGCUUCUGAUACCUAUGUGUUAUGAUUCAGUCACCUAAUGUCAUGCUGAUGGCUGUUGGAUUGUAGACAAACAGUUACAUUUAAAAAAGAAUAUUUGUUGGUAAAGCUUUAAACUAGUUUGAAUGGAUUCUAGUUUGUGCUGUUCAUAAAGCAACUAUUUAUUCUCACAAUCCCCUUUUUUUUAUUUGUUAUAUUUAAGGCAAACUGGAACUGACCUCCCUCCACAAAUGGCACCAAAAAUAAAAAUCCUUACAUUUCACUUUGAUCACACAACAAUCUCAGUGAAUCGGAUCUUGUAAGAACUCAGCCGCUCUGCUCCCACAUGCUGCUAAAUAACAGCAUCAUCUUGUGAUCUUCACGAGCCUUCAUGUGGAAAACAAGAUCAAAGAUUUGGAUGUUAAAGGUUAGAGUUGCUGUUUGGAAAUGUGAAGGAAGGGAAAAAAAAGCACAGAAGUAACUUGUUACUGUUUCAAUAGCCAGCUUUACAGGUGAGAAUGUCACUUCUGUGACAUAUUUUUUGCGUUAUUUUUAUUUGGAAGGCUGUUUUUGCUGUGUUUUUAAUCCAUGCUCUUAUUUUGUAAAACAAAAAAAUCACGGCCAACACUUUAUUGUCUGAGUUGCCUUCAGUUUGUGAAUGAACCAAUCGGUUUAAAAUAUUCAAAAAUCUCUUUAAGGACAUUUUAAAUAAGUUUUUUUAGAACACUCCUCCAAUAACAAAUAAUCAACUUUUACUCUUUUAAUAAGGCAGCAUUAGUCUCUGUGCAUUCUAAAUUCUGCUACAAAGUGGAUCAAAACAAGCUCCUACUUGUCCUUGCACUAUUGCAUAACUGAUCCGUUUUUGCAAGCAGAAUCAAACUGAAACAGAGGAUCAAAUGCUGAGUUAACUACUUCACAGGAGAAAAAUGCACCUUGUAACAAACUGUAUGAUUUCAGAUGAGAAUAUUUUUCUACUCUCUUUGAAGCCACUUCAGUUCCUCUAGCCAUUGGUUGUGUGCUUUUGCGUGCAUGAUACUAUAUUUUGCACAUGCAGGCUUCAUGCUGUAGGGGGCAGUGUUGAAAGCAGACAUUGAGAAAAGAUUUUGUUUUUAAAAAGUUAACACAGCAUUUAGAGUUUUGUUUUGCUAAAAAAAACAAUGUUGAAAAGGCCUCUCUGACUGUUCUUUUCUAAGAAACUGACUCAGAAAAUAUUUAGUAAUAAUUCUAAGCUAAAACUAAAAAGUUCAAAUGUCUGAAAGGUCUGAUAGAUUUUUCUCCGUGGUUAUUUGUGUGAACUUUCACUGCGAUACUGAAUGAAGUUGGACAUUUAUUCACUCUUUGUGUGUUUUAUUUUAUUUUAUGACCUUUUCAAAGUGUGAUUCGUUGAUUUGUAACUGCAGACUUCAUUUGUUUAUUGCUUCCCCUCAGCUGUUUUUGUGGCACCGCCUGAUGAAUGUAGUUUUUGUCUAAGAGAGGGUGCAAGCAAGAGUACAAUCAGAAUGAACAUUUGUAUUUAAGACCUUUUUUAAAUAAAUAAAACGUUUGUGCAAAUCCAAAAACACAAGUCCCAGAUGGAUUUUCUCCUGAAAAACAUCAAAUCUCAUUUUAAUUCAUGGAAAAAAAGAGUCGGACCACAACGACACCUGAGCCUGGAUCUGCUUUUGCUUUGAGGAACUCAGAGUGUGGAACAGGUUACACUUCGCUUCUUGAACUUGACCAAAAUCCAGAGAGCCCUAAACUGUGUUUUAAAGCUAUGCAUCCAAAUGGAAAAACACAGACUUUUUUGAUGUGAAGCGGAUGUUGCCUCAGCAACUUCUGCAGGGUUUUGCUGUAAAUCCAGUGUUUUGAACUGCUAAUAAGUGUGAGAAUGUGUUGUUGAAUUUAAACACGUUGUGUUUUAGUAUCGUUCAGCGCUGACCAGUGUUGAUUUGUAUUAUAUGAUGUACAUAUAAACGUUUUAUAGCAGCCUCUCAUGAAGAUUCCUUUUGUAUCUGAAUUUUAAUUAAAAAACUCUUUUCCCAUAA